AUGUCCCCCGGCCAUUGUGCCGGCUGCUGUCGUUUUCGCGCCAACAGUCGUCGGCACACCUGCGAAUUUUGUGGUGCCUCCCGUUGCUGUGGCACCUCCAGUUGUUGGAGCACCUGCAGUUGUUGUUGCAACUUUGUUUAUUGUCUCCAUUCUGAUUGUUGUGCCUCUGGUUGUUGUUGCUGCUCCAGUUGUGGCACCUCUGAUUGUUUUUGCACCUCCAGUUGUUGUGGCUGUGGUUGUAGUUUCAACCUCUGUUGUCGUCGCACCUCUAGUCAUUGUUGUGUCUCUGAUCAGUGUUGGUUCUCUAGUUGUCUCCACUCCGGUUGCUGUCAUAAAUGCGGUUAUUGUGGUACCUGGUGUCAUUGUUGUGCCUCUUGUAGUGGUUGCUGCUUCAGUAGUUGUGGCACCUCUAAUUGUUGUUGUGGGUUCAGUUGUAGUUGCAGCUUCUGUUGUUGUUGCACCUCCUGUCCUUGUUGUGCCUCUUGUAGUGGUUGCUGCUUCAGUAGUUGUGGCACCUCUAAUUGUUGUUGUGGGUUCAGUUCUAGUUGCAGCUUCUGUUGUUGUUGCACCUCCUGUCCUUGUUGUGCCUCCGGUUAUUGUUGGACCUCCAGUUGUUGUUGUGGCUCCGGUUGUAAUUGCAGCUUCUCCUGUUGUGGCACCUCCUGUUGUUGUGGCAUCUGCUGCAAUUGUUGUGCCUUCUGUUAUGAUUGCUCCUCCAGUUGUUGUCUCUACUCCAAUUGCUAUGGCUUCCGCUGUCAUUGUUGUGGCUCCGGUUGUGGUUGGUGCUCCAGUUGUUGUGGAACCUCUGAUUGUUGUUGGCCCUCGAGUUGUUGUUGUGGGUCCGGUUGUGGUUGCAGCUUCUCUUGUUGUCGCACCUCCUGUUCUUGUUCUGUCUCCGGUUGUUGUUGAUACUCCAGUUGUUGUCUCUACUCUGUGCACACCUGCAGUUGUUGUGGGACCUGCUGUCAUUGUUGUGCCUCUGGUAAUGGUUGCUGCUCCAG